AUGAAAAUCAAAGCUUUUAAUUUGUGUUUCCUUUGUGCAUUGUUUCUUUUAUCUGUUGUGGCAACAGAGACAUUAAAAGAAGGUAAACAAUAUACAAAAGAGUCAAAGAAAAAUGUUUUGGUAGAUAAGUUUGAUGGUGGGCGAAAACCCAUAGAUAUAGAAUCUUUUGAUCAAAAUAAGCCCGUUGGUGCGGGAAAUAAAACAAGGGAAGAAAGGAUGAUGGAAAAGCAAGCAAAGCAGAAGGAAAGGGAAGCAAAGCAGAAGGAAAGGGAAGCAAAGCAGAAGGAAAGGGAAGCAAAGCAGAAGGAAAAAAAAUUACAGCAGAAGAGAAUAGCUAUGCAAAAGAAAAGAAAGCAGAAGAUACAAGCUUUGUUAAAGGAAGCAAUGGAGCAGGAAAAGAUAGAAAAAAAGAAGAGAGAGGAAGCAAGGAAAUGGGAAGUACGAAUGUUAAGGAUAAUUAAUAAAUUUAGGGAACAGCUAGCAAGGAAAAAGUUAAAGGUAUCAAUCGCAAGGGAAAAAGCUGAUGCAAAGCAGAAGGAAAAGGAAGCAAAGCAGAAGGCAAAGCAGGAGGAAAAGGAAGCAAAGCAGAAGGCAAAGCAGGAGGAAAAGGAAGCAAAGCAGAAGGCAAAGGAAAUAGCAAGGGAAGAAAGGGAAAGGGAAAUGGGAAGGAUCCUUGGUGCGAUGGGAGCAUUAGGUGUUGAUGUCAAGGUUAAAUUGUGGGUCAAUGUGAGGGAAAUAAAGUCUAGUCUUAUGAACAUGGAAGGUUAA